CACUCCGCCUCUUGGGGGAUGGUCCUCAAACAGACCUCCUCCCUCUGGGUCAGCUGGCUGGAAGCUCAGCCCUCACCCCUUCUUCCUUUCAUCCUGAGUCACCUUUCCGAAUUUUGGAGUUGAGCACCAUGGGGACUCCAAAUGACCAGGCAGUGUUGCAGGCCAUCUUCAACCCUGACACCCCAUUUGGAGACAUUGUUGGGUUGGACCUGGGAGAGGAAGAGGAGAAGGAAGAAAUACAUGAAGAUGGAGUUUUCCCUGGAGCACAGCUGGUGCAGUCCAAGGCCCUGGAGCUGCAGGGCGUGAUGGCAGCAGAGGCUGGCAACCUCAGCACAGCCCUGGAGAGGUUUGGCCAAGCCAUCAACCUGCUGCCUGAGAGGGCGUCAGCCUACAACAACCGAGCCCAGGCCCGGCGACUCCAGGGAGACGUGGCAGGCGCCCUGGAGGACCUGGAGCGCGCGCUGGCGCUGAGCGGGGGCCGAGGCCGAGCCGCCCGCCAGGGCUUCGUGCAGCGCGGGCUGGUGGCGCGGCUGCAGGGCCGGGACGACGACGCCCGCAGGGACUUCGAGCGGGCAGCGCGGCUGGGCAGCCCGUUUGCGCGGCGCCAGCUGGUGCUGCUCAACCCGUACGCGGCGCUGUGCAACCGCAUGCUGGCCGACAUGAUGGGGCAGCUGCACGGGCCCCGCGACGGGCGCUGAGCCGUCCGCGGGGGAGGGGGGGGGCCGCCCGCAACUAAUAAAGCCGCCGGCUCUCCCCGCC